ACACAGUUUGUUUCGCUAUAGUCGUUCUUUAAGACUGGACCUGCUUAAGAUGUUUUAUAAACCGGAAGAAAUUGAGGCUGUUAAUGUACCUGACUUAAAUAAACUACUUCAAAUGGAUCCUUGGCUGGAGCCAUAUAAGUAUGAAAUUAAGCGCAGAUAUAAAUGUUUUUUAGACCAUAUGAAGUGGAUAAAUGAUGUAUGUGGUUUAGAGGAGUUCACGCAGGGUUAUAAAGAGUUCGGAGUACAUGUGCAUGCUGAUGGAUCUAUUUAUUGCAAGGAAUGGGCUCCAGGUGCAAAGGAGUUGUAUCUGCGUGGAGAUUUCAAUGACUGGAAGGAGUUUACCCAUCCAUUUAAGAGUGUUGGUUUUGGCAAGUGGGAGCUGAUAAUACCACCAUCUAAUGGCUCACCCCUAAUAAAACAUCUUUCUAAGAUUAAGCUCUUGGUUGUUGCUCAUGAUGGUCGUCGCCUUGACAGACUAAGCCCUUGGGCUCCCUAUGUCAAGUGCUUUGAAGGAAACAUUGUAUAUGACCAAUUAUUAUACAAUCCCCCCGAGAAAUAUCAAUUUAAACAUCCUCACCCUCCACGUCCUAAGAGUCUUAGAAUAUAUGAGUGUCACAUUGGUAUUUCGUCUUCUGAACCAGUUGUUGCGUCGUAUACUCAUUUCAAGGACAAUAUCCUACCUCGAAUCAAAGACUUAGGUUACAACGCGAUUCAAAUCAUGGCGCUUAUGGAGCACGCCUAUUAUGCCUCUUUCGGAUAUCAGGUCACCAGUUUCUUCGCGGCUUCAAGUCGCUUUGGUACUCCCGAGGAGCUUCGCGCGUUGGUUGACGAAGCACAUCGUCUUGGUGUGGUGGUCCUUCUGGAUGUUGUUCAUAGCCAUGCUUCCAAGAACACUAAUGAUGGUCUUAACCAGUUUGAUGGUACAGAUGCCUGUUAUUUUCAUGACCGGGGUCGUGGGACUCACGAUCUAUGGGAUUCUCGUCUAUUUAAUUAUACAGAGCUAGAAGUUUUACGAUUUCUGAUGUCAAAUCUACGUUGGUGGGUUGAUGAGUAUGGUUUCGAUGGUUUCCGUUUUGAUGGAGUUAUGUCUAUGCUUUACCAUCAUCAUGGUUUGAUGACAAAUUUUUCUGGUCACUAUGGUGAAUAUUUUGGACUCUCUGUCGACACGGAAUCAUUCACUUAUUUAAUGCUAGCAAACCACUUUUUACAUCAGAAGUAUCCAUUUGUCAUUACUAUAGCUGAGGAAGUCAGUGGUAUGCCUACCUUGUGUCGUCCAGUUUCUGAAGGUGGUGGUGGAUUCGAUUAUCGAUUAGCAAUGGCCAUUCCUGACAAAUGGAUUCAGCUCCUAAAGAAAUACAAAGAUGAAGACUGGAGUAUGGGUGAUAUUGUGCAUACACUGACAAAUCGACGUUAUGGUGAAUCCAAUAUUGCGUAUGCAGAAUGUCAUGAUCAGGCUUUAGUUGGUGAUAAAACUAUAUCCUUUUGGCUUAUGGAUAAAGAAAUGUACUUUAGUAUGAGCACUUUAAGUCCACCGAAUUUAGUUAUUGAUCGUGGUAUUGCAUUGCACAAGCUGAUAAGAUUUAUAACACAUACCUUGGGUGGUGAAGGUUAUCUCAAUUUUAUGGGUAAUGAGUUUGGCCAUCCUGAGUGGUUAGAUUUUCCAAGGGCUGGUAAUAAUAGUUCUUAUCACUAUGCACGUCGUCAGUGGAAUCUGGUUGACGAUCCUUUAUUACGUUAUAAAUAUCUGAAUAAUUGGGAUAAGGCUAUGCAACAUUUAGAGGAAAACUAUGGUUGGCUUGCUGCACCACAGGCAUACGUUAGUAGGAAAAACGAAGGUGAUAAAGUUAUUGCAUUUGAACGUGCUGGAGUUUUAUUUGUUUUCAAUUUCCAUCCUACUCAAAGUUUCACGGACUACAAGAUUGGAGUUGAAACACCAGGACGGUACCGUAUUGUUUUGGAUUCUGAUCAAGAACAAUUUGGUGGUUUCAGUCGAAUUGAUCAAUCUGUUGAAGUAUUUACGAACAGCGAACCAUGGGAUGGCCGUCAAAACUGUGUUUUUCUGUAUUUACCAAGUCGCACAUGCAUGGCUUUGGCGUGGGAGUAAUUGAUACCUCCACUGGAAUGCAGUAUUCCCUUGUACUUAGAAUAAGUCACUAAAAUAUCCCCUGACCUCACAUUUACAUACAUUUUGGUUGUAAUCUCCGGUGGGAUAUCAUACUGUUGCAUACAAUUGUAUGAAUUUAUUUUUAUUUUUAUUUUAAUGACAUGAAAUUAUUGUUUAAGGGGAUGCUUAUGACUAAUUUUUAAGUUACUAAAGGAAGUAGUCUACUUCAUGCUUUAAUUUUGGUUUUAAUCCAUUACACAUUUGUAGUUGUGCCAUAAAACUCAUUUGG